AACAUCACCUCAUAGCUGCCUUUUGUACCUAUCAAACGCGUGUUUCUUGGCACGAGGUGUGUUCAUGGCUUACAGGGAAAAAGGGUUUGAAAGAGCAUUUCGGUUCUGUUGAGCCAGAAAUUAUGAGAUACAUUUAAAGGGGAAACUCGCCUUUGUUAGGUACUUAAUUGCAGCAUGUGAGGCGAAGUAAUCAUUGGUAGAGCACCUUUAAUACUUGUUAAAAUGUUUGCAACAAUUCAAGUGCGAGUAACUGCUUGGUGCGUGGGUAAACAACUCACUUCCUUGAUAACAGUGUUUCAUUUUUGUUUGGCCUUAAGGCCUAAUUCAUCCAAAGUUGUUAUUCCUUUUUUUCGAAUGUCCUGACUGUGUGAUGUGGUUGGUGCUCGUGGUUUAACAGCAACAUCUGCAUCCAGGAAUAGCAGGGAUGCUACCAGACCAACUCAUGCUGAGCCCACUAAGGUGGGUGGAAUGCUCACUUAAAUGUUUUUCUGAACGUUAUUUUAAAAGGGCUUCCCAUGCCUCUUGCUCACUUCUGGAGGAAGUGGGGGGAUUUUUUCAUUUGAGGUUCAAUCCUUCGCAUGUUGGUCCUGGAGGGUUUUACGUUGCAUUUCUAGUGAAACGCUCAUUGCUAUUGCUUGAAAUACUCUGGAAAGAAGUUAUCUGUGUAUAAACUCCCUUCUGAAGUCUUGGGGACAGCUUUGUUUUGAAGUCUCAGUUUUUUAGUGAUCUGCCUGCCAAAACUCUUAAUAAAUUACUUUAAAAUGUAUGUGUGGAGUGUAGUAUUCUCUCAUUAUUUCAGAAAUCUUUAAUACAUGCCACUGACCUUUCCUUGAAUCAAUUACUUUGCAUCUUUGCUAACAGCCUUGGGAGUAAGAUAGAAGUGAUUCUAUUUUUUUUUUUUCUUUAGUGCAAAUAUAUUUUUAUGCAGUAAAGGUCUUGCAGUAAGUACGAGGGAUUUGCUGAUUUUGUCUGUGUUUUUCACAAAUUUUUUAAACUAACGAGGAAAUCUGAUAAAACGAUGAGUAUUUUUCCAGUGUGAAAGAGAUCUUGCAUAUACACAUACUGCACCAACGUGCUUCCAUUAAAGUUAAACAUAUGCUUAAGUUGAAAUCUUUGUCAGCUAGAAAUUAGGUGUACCUAAAAUGAAUAGAUGUUAUUUCUGUAUUAUUUCGGUUAUUCUGUUAUUUCGGUGUAUAUUUCUGUAUACCUACUAUGUUUCUUUGUCCAGAUCUGAGAUGAAAAGCUUUGUUUUGUUUCAAGUAGUACUUUGUGUCCUUCUCAGCUUGCUGGUGUUGAUUGAGGAGUGCAGGAGCUCAUGGCGUUACUAGCCUGGUCCAGUUGUGCACGGUGGCUUGUUCACUAGUAUGCUGCUGAUACAUACUAGAUGUGUUUUUUCUGUGGCUGCAGUAUGAGCACUUGCACAGUAUGAUAUUACAGUGUUCUUGAGUUGAAAAUAGGAAGCAUGUUUGUGGCCUUAGGUGCGGUCACUGCUGUGUACUUUUGACAGAAGUGGUUGUGCUCUAUCUGACUAAUUACGUGAUCUUUACAGAAGUUAAUUUUUCCUGUCCUCCCACCCUGCCAAAGUGUCUUUUUUUUUCUUUUUUUUUUUUUUUUCUCCAGGAUAGUUUAUAUAUUUAGUUUUAUUACUCUGGGAGGGGGGUGAAAUACAAGCAGAAGAGCCAAGCCAGCUAUACCAGUAUUAGCUGCAUUUCCUUCAAAAACCCUUUUGUGCCCACAAAACUUAGAAAUGUAGGUAAGUGCACAGUCCCGAGUUGAAGAUCUUGGUAGGUGUGAGCGCAUUGUUAUUCUGAUUGGGCAUUGCCUGCUGCAUAAGUCAGAGUUCUGCUAGUGUAACUCCACAUCAAUUUGAGGAAAAAGCCUGCAGUUAUGUUUUAUGCAUAAUGUGGCUCUAAUGGUCACUGAUUGUGUCUUUUCAUGCUGUGUUAGACUUACAGUAAGUCUAAUGGGUAGUGCUUUUUAAUGUACAUGUAGCAGUGGGAGAGCAAAAGUGUGGCAUCCCUAAGUAAUAGAUACAGUUCAGGUAUAAUUGCUUUUCUGAUGCUGUAGUUCAUUCUGUCCAGACAGCUGGGAUAAUUUAUUACAGUAGUUCUGUUGGAAUAGACUCCACUUCUGCUUGCAGAGUUUUUUUUAUAGUGACAUAAUCUGCACAGAACAGGCAUGCAGAUUGUCUACAGAAACAAGCGUGCUUUGUUUUCUUACAGUAGAGGAAAAUCUGCAAAAUUCAUAAACUGUACUGAUGUGCAUUGCAACCUGCAACUGCUUGAGUUGGAAAGCUGACAGCAGCAGUGUUGGUAAAGCCCUUGUAUCAAUAUGGGAGUGUGAACACUGUGACCUUAACUGAUAUUUUUUUCAAGAAAAUCUCAUAAUUAAAUGAACUCGUGAAUCUCUAUUUUCUACCGUUCUUUUACCUGUUUUUUCAUUGUGGAAAAACUAUCUGCUGUGUCUCUGUUUUAAUGGAGAAUGGUUGAAGAAUAUUUGUUGGGAAAAAAAUAAAAAGUGACUAUUAACCAGCACAUAUGGACUGUCAGUUUUAUUCUUUUAACUUCUUUACUUGCAGAGCUUCUUCUGAUUUUCCUUUUGACUGAGGGAGUGUUCACCAAAAGAGAAAGAAAGAAUGGGCAAAUCUCUGUCUAAACUUGAUACAAAAGCAUUUCUAUUCUAUUAGUAGUAUUAUGGAAGGGUGGAGAUGGGAGUUCAUUCAUGCACUCCAAAUGAAGUCAGCUUCACUGAUUGUUGCGAUAGGGGCUGAUGUGUUGCCUUCUCUUGGAUGGAACUCAACGUUUCUGUGAAUUUGAACUGGAUGUGGAAUUUUAAGUCCUGAUAUUGAAGCUUGAGUUUGUUGAAACAUUGUCUACCAGAAAAUCUUGGUAGGUUGGUAGAUAGGUGGUAGAAUCUCCCUUGGCUUUGACAAGUGCAAGACUGGCAAUGUGAUCAGUGUGGUGUUUGGGGCAGUGUUAUGAAGUGCUCUGCUGGGUUUGUUACAGGUGUCAGUUUAUCAUUCAAAUUUCAGUUAAUUUCCCAAACCUAUUAAGUGAAAAGAACAGAAAGCUCUGUUCAGCUUUCAAUUAUGGGCAGUAAUGCAUUGUCAACUGGUACUAUCUUGGUUGUAUCACACCUGUAGUAAGAUAUACCAUAGUUUUUUGUUUUUAAAAUCAAUAUGGUCUAGAAUGGCAUUGAAAAGUAUUAAAUUAAGCAAUAAAUUGAGGAAUGAUUGAUUCCUGAUGUAGUUUCAAAAUGUUUUAGGAGUGUUGAGGUUCCUGAAGAACUGUGUGUGAUGGAGAGCUUAGAGGAUAGAGCCCAAAACAGGCAGUGGCACGGUGAUAGGAAGGUCUCUGCAGGGGAAGUGGGCUGAGCUGGGCGUUCAUCCCUGUGAAUCCAAUGGGCUCAGUGAGCAUCCUGUGCUCUAGGUUAUGAGUUAUUCUGGGUUUUCUCUGUGGGAUUCUGAGAAUGAAAGCUCUCAGGUUAAAGUAUUGUCAGGAUAUGGUGUUGCCAUGACAAGCUUGUAGGAAAAUAUUGUAUUGAAUAAAUAAAGAAUUCAAUUCUGAACUUGUGUAUCCAAGGGAAACGAGAUUUUAGAGAUCUGCGCUGAGGAUUCACAAAUAGAGUGCUUGACUGUGGCUGGAUUAACUUUCCCUGUGCUGUUGUAUGUGCUAUUAAUAACUGAAGUGAACGUUUCUGUUUUUUAUAAAUAAAAUAUCACUAUAGUUUUUGGAAGCUUCAUACCUUAAAGCCAAACUCAAAUUGAGACUAAUUUUUUAUGGUAUGUUUAUGGGAAAUGAAAUUUAAGGGAUGAAUGAGCAGCUUAUUGUAGGCUGUCUGAGCUCUAGUGUAUGUUUUUUAUUUGUCCUUCUUUUUGUGGAACUGGUAUGUAACUAUUACAUAUGGACUCUACUUGUCCUUUCAGAUGUUCAUCACCUACCAAAUCUCAGAAACUGUGAAGAUGCAUACUUUUGCAUGGGUUACAUAUUUCAAAUGAGGUAGUGCUCGUGCAUUGUGAUGGUUGUCUUUUAUCUGAGUCCCGAGUAGUUCCCAUUUUUGUGGUGUAGUUUUACCACAGAGGGAGGUUUCGCAUUGUUCUUGUUUGAAAUUGCAGAUUUCCUCCCAUACUGUCACAUACAGAAAGCAGUUGAGAGUACUGAUACUUUAAAUUCAGAAUUCCACAGCUAAUUUCAAGCACUGUAAGUUCAUCUCACAAGAUGAAGAUUUUCAAUACAGAAAAAGAUUUUCAGUGCAGAAAAUAAUUCACGCUUGCAAAAUGCAUUGUGUUGCUGGGUUAGGGUCCCAAAUUUUGUCCUUUGUGCACUCUUUGAAGUAUAUAUAUUGCGACUGCGCAAUAGUUGCUUUUCGUGGAUUACUCUAGAAGAGAAAAUGUGAGAAAUAUUUUACAUCAUAGAAUACGAGCACAGCGUGGUUUGUAGGAGAGUAACUGAGCCCUUUUAUUUUACCAAGUACACUUUAAAAGUUCAUUUUUUUUGUCUUAGAAUGACGGCUUUUCAAUAGUUGUCUUCUGCGUUUUUGCCUGAGUAAAAUUAGGGAGUUUUUUAUUUGCCAUCACUUAAAAAGAAAUAUUUACACUCUUUUAUUGACUGAUGUGUCAUCAUUCUGGUGCUCAUAAUUUUGACACUGACCGAGGGGAAGUGGAAGUAUCUCAGAAUAGGUGUUGUUUUUCAUCUUCUGAGUAGAAGUCAACAUCUUGAAAAUGAAGAGACGGAUGUGAUGAACAGCUUUUAAACUGGUUAACAUGCUUGCUUAGUGAAGAAAAUAUUCCGAACAAUCUGAAACUAUUCCAUUUGCAAGGAACGAGGCUGUAUUAACUAGCUGAGGGUUUGGUUUGUGUUGUUACACUGGAGAAUGUAGGCGAGGUUCUGCAGCCCUGGUUUUUCUUCGGUGUGCGCAGGGGCUGGUGUGUGAAGAGUCUGCAUGAUAACCAGCAGUGGGUUCAAGGUGGUAGUCUCAGCACCACAGCAAGCUGAAGUGAAUGCUGAAUAGAUGGUGCACAUUACCUGAUACGUGGUUAAAUGGCAUCUUUUUUUUUUCCUAGUUUAGAAGCAUGCUGAGUAAAAAUGGCACCAUGCUUGGCAGUUGUGGUGAAAGUUUGAGUCAGGGAAGGACUUAAACUCUGGGUGUUUUGUCCCUGCAAAUAGUGUAGAAUCAGUCUUAAUGCUGCUGUGAUCUUCUUCAUGUGACUUUUUUUCCACUGUAACUACUGAAGUCAUUGCUUUGUUUAAAACAUUGAUUUCCAAGACUCCUGCUGAGUCUCAGAUUCAUGCUGCCAAUCAGGAGCUGUUACUGUGUAGUUGCACAGAAGUUGUGAGUUUACAUAUAAAUGCACUUACUUACCAAGCUUUAGUGUUGUCCUUACCACAUUUUUGAGAAUUACUGCUCUAAGUGUUGCCUUUCGGUAGUAGCCACUACUGGGUUUUUAGAAGAUCCAAAAAUAAUAUUUUACUGCUUCAGAUGUGAAAUUUUGUAUGAAUUUUGUAAUGAAAUCAUAAAGGACCACUUAAGAGGUUACCUGGUCCAGUUCUCUGCUGUAAGCAGAGCUAGCUUUGAAGUCAGAUUCACGUGACUUGAAAUAUAGGCAAAGACGAUCAUUCCACAGGUGGUGUGCUUGAACCUUCUUGUUCAUGAACUUUUUUUCUCAUUUCCAGUUGAGCUUUCCAUGUUGCAGGCAUUGGCCCUUGCCAAGGGUAACUGGAAGACUGCAGUUAGUGCCUGCUUUAGCCUCCUGAUAUCCAGACUAAGGAAACAUGCUCCCCUCAAACUUCCCUAGUGCUGUGCUCUAGGUGCUUCCCAGUGUUGUUUGCACGCUGCUGAGUUUGUCCUAGAGUGAGAGUUCAAAACUGAACACAGUAUUUCAGGUUGGGCCUCACAAGUGCUCUGGUUGCUCUGUGGCAAGUCAAAACCAGGCCAAGAAGCUCAUUCAGACUGAAACAGAUCAGUGUAUUUUAUCAGAUCAAUUUUAUGUGCCAGUUCAAAGCCUGGAGCUGAUGUGGGGAAGGUGCACAGGAGGGCUCGGUGUUGGUCUGUUCUGCAGUUAGCUUGGACCAUUGGAAGGAGGAUGGAGGUUUUCAGGCCACUGGGUUACAGUGCCUCAAAGGAUUGGCCUGUGUGGCUGGUAGUUCCUUGCCACCAUAAUGGUUUUUGCUCUCUCUUAUAAUCUGUUUGGGAGUGUGCAAUAAAGAGCAGCCUGGUUAUUUUCUAGCAAUUAGUAGGGAUGUACCUACAAAUAGGCAAGUUGCCUUCUCCAGGCACCAUGAGGCAGGUUUCAGGGAGUAUCAAUUGGGUAGUGAUUUAGGUAGGAUUUGCACCUGGUAAAUCAGUUGGCUGCACUGGCAGGGCUCAGUUUGAAAAACUGAGUGUUUACAUUGGAAUACACUGUUGAACUGUACUGAUGAUAAUGAUCUAUGUUAGGGUACCAUCUGGCAGCUGCCCAUUAGGCUGUGCUGACGUUUUCCCCUGCUGUCUCUCUCACUGGGGCACCCUGCUAGGCCCUGCCAAACCUCAUGCCUCUGCCCAUGGCAUAAGGCCCCAGCCAGCUGACCCAAAGCUAGAAAUGACCCUGUGCCAAUGGUCUCCACAUGUUGUCAAUCACUCCCAGUAUAUGUAUGUUUAUUUAUAAAUUAGAUGCUUGGACUGCUGAGGUUCUGAUAUUUUCCUCUAAUGUGUCCCUUGGGUUACACACAUGGAGCUUGGCAGGCUGCUGGUCUGGGCUGUGCAGCUCUCAACCUUCAGUUCUCACUCACUGUGUUAUAUUUUCAUGCUGUCUUGGUAGUGUGGGUUGUACACAUUUCAUACAUCAGUAAUUUUGUCGACUGUGUUAACAAAUACUGAUGAGCACUAGUUACACACUGAAUUUGUGUAUCUUGGGGAUAAAAAGACAAAAAGGAUAGUUGGAAAGAAAAAGCAAUGAGCUUUUUCUACUGUUUACGCUGUAAAAAGCACAUCAAGGAAAUUUCACUGGGUAGGCUGUUAACACUUUUACAUAAUGAUUUUUGUCAAGAUCACGUGUUGCUCAAGUGGUCCUCUUCUAAAGAAAGACCGAAGGGAUGGCUGUACAAUAAUUUACCUUGAUUGUGCACCUGUUGUGUUGCUGUCCUGAAAUUAGCAGAACACAAAUCGUCAUUGAAAAUUGGUGUCAGUUAAAAAGAAUUAAAUGUACAGUUAAGUGGUUUAGGUAGACCUUGGGUACACAGCGUGAAAUGCAAACAGAAUUUAUUCUAAAUAGGUGGUGAGCUCGUAUGGCUUGGUUAUGAACUUGACUUGUCCCUCACAGACCACGUACCUGUGAGUGAAGUUCUAUCUGCAUGUUGGUCCUGCGGUAUUUCACAGACACGCUGCCAUCCUGCAUCACAUCAAUGUGGUGUUACACAGCCCUUGCUGGGGGGAUGUUGAGAUGAUAGUGAUGUAUUUUUUUUUGUUUAUUUGUGGUUUUCAAGGUGUUGAGAGUGCAGCAGCCUCUUCAACUGAAUGCUGCUGUAAGAAAUCUUCUGAGUGAUGGCAAGAAUUUUGUUAGAACACGAUAGGUGUGCUUCUGGCAGGACUGGUUGUUAAUCAUGGAGUUUACAAAAAUGUAUCUGUUUUCUUCAUUUUUGUCUUUAUUGUCUUGUAGACUGGUAGGAGCUUGCAGUAAGUUGGGUAGAUUUUUCUUGUGUAUUGAGUGAGGAAAAACAGCAGUACAUUUUCCUGAUCAGGUGAGCUAUAUGCUUAGCAGUAGGGCUGAAGGGUAGAAAGUAUGUAUUACUGUUAAGAUUUUUUUCUCCUUGUCAUUUUCUUGUAUAUUUUUUCCUCUUGCAAUUUUCAUAAAUGUGAGUUUUCGAGAGUUUGGUGAACUUAGCAAAUACAUCUCAUUUGUGUUAGUAAUUAUAAUACCCAUUGGAAUAGCAAUUCAACAAAGUUCUGUGUGAUUGCUUGGGCUUCCCACAAUGAUAAGCCUUCACUGUAUGUUCGCAGAGAAUGUUUGGUUUGGUUUGGUGAAGGAGUUUUGCUGAUUUCAAGUAGCAGUGUUAGUGUUACCAUAGUGAUAUGGAAUGGGAUUUUUAAAAGUAGGCGUGCAGUGUGAAAAAAAAUCCUGUUUUUAUUUUUUAUUUUUUUCUCCUUCUCCCUUCGUUUAGCUAGGAUUCUUUGGAACCUGUUUUUGAGAGCUGUACAUGCUGCAUAAGGAAAUAGCUUCCUGUAAGAAGUGUUAACAGUGCCAUUAAAGCAAAAUGCUAAUCACUUACUGAUUUGUUCUUAAUAAUGCACAUCUGCAUUUAAAUUUGGCCACAUUAUAAAAUGUCUUGUAAUUUGCUUAGCAUUCAGUUGCAAGACCAGCGUUUAUGCUGCUGUUUUGCAGCAGCCAGCAGAUGUGACACUGAAUCAUGGGUGAGAGUAUUUUCCUUAAAAUGCAGAGUCAGCUCAUGAAUGCUGAUUUUUCUCUAAUGUUUCAAGUAGUUGGCUAUAGGCACGGGCUGCUUUCCUGUUCUGUUGGAGCAGAGAUAGCGAGGCAUCCUUGCCAUGACCGAUCCUCUGCUGCAUGUUGUCAGUCAAUAAGCAUGGGGCUGCAUGAUGUAAGGGCUGGGGUAUUUUCUGUUAGUAUGAGCUAGAAGCUAGCUUCAAAAUCACUGAGGUGUAGAAAGAGAUAACAGAACUGGGGCAGUUGAGGUGGAAAGGACCUCUGGGAAUGCCUUGUCCAAUGCCCUGCUGGCAGGAGUGCCAGCCAAGGCAGGCUGUGCAGGGCUGCAUCAGCAGGGUUGUAUUUGUUCUGAGGCAAAUACUCCACAGCCUCACUGGGCAGCCUGCACCACUGUUUGACAACCUCACAAGAAAACAACUUUUUUCUUAAGUUUAAAUAGAAACAUGCUGUAUCCCUUGCCUCUUCUACUGGAUACCACUGACAGAAAUUUGGCUGUCUUCCUUAUGUCCUUCCGUCAGGCAUUUCUACCCAUUGCUAAGAUCGCCCCCGAGCCUUCUGUUCUUCUGAUGGAACAGUCCCAGUGCUUUCAGCCUCCUGUGAGACAGGUCCCUUCAUUUCAAUCACUGUGAACAGUCAUGAGAGCCCACAGAAUGAUGUGUGUAGAGCUGGUGGGGGGGAGUAAAUUUCUGUUUCGACACAAGAGAUUGGCUUCAAUUUAUUUUAAUCUAACUAGAAUUAUAAAUUUCAGUGUUAAAUAUGGUGGCAGAAUUUUAAGGGGAGCUGAGGAAAACACAGGCAUGGCAGGAAUCGGUUUGAUUUGAUUAUAUGAUAUUGUGUGGAUGAUGUUGGAUAACGGAAUGGAUGCCAAGAUAUAAAGAGGUAUAGGAGAUGCUAUCAUCAGUUGAUUAGCUGGGAUCUCUGCAGGGAGUAAGGAAAGAUAAAGAGAUUGUGAGAGUUACCGACAGGAAGUAGAGAAGAUGUUACAGUCUUUGAUGAGAUUUGGAGAGUCACAGUAAAUGGGAGAGCCGGGGUCGUGCAGAUGGAAGCUUCAGAGGAGCAGCAAUCAGGAAAAAAUGAGGGAGCGUAUUUGUUACAGUUGUCAUGGAUGAUGAUGAUGAUGAAUCCUGUCUCCUUGAUCUUAUUGGGGACCCGCAGGCACUGAAUUAUUUUCUGCAUGGACCUAGUAAUAAAUCUAGCAACGAAGACUUGACAAAUGCAGAAUAUUCUGUAGCCAACUCAAAUUCCAUUUUCGCCAACUCCAAUAACACUGAUCCUAAGUCGUCUGUAAAAGGUGUAAGCAAUCAGCUUGGAGAGGGGCCUAGUGAUGGACUGCAGCUGUCCAGUAGCCUUCAAUUUCUUGAAGAUGAACUUGUGUCUUCUCCUUUACCUGAUCUUAGUGAGGAGCAACCUUUUGAUAUUCUUCAGAAGUCCUUGCAGGAGGCCAAUAUUACUGAACAGACUUUGGCAGAAGAGGCAUAUUUGGAUGCCAGUGUAGGUUCUAGUCAACAGUUUGCACAAGCUCAACUUCAUCCUUCUUCAUCAGCAUCCUUUACUCAGGCUUCUAAUGUUUCUAAUUACUCAGGUCAGACGUUGCAACCUGUAGGAGUUACUCAAGUGGUACAGCAACCUGUUGGAGCAUCUUUUGCAAGCAAUACAGUCGGCGUGCAACAUGGCUUUAUGCAACAUGUCGGAAUUAGUGUUCCCAGCCAGCAUUUGUCUAAUAGCAACCAGAUUAGUGGUUCAGGGCAGAUACAGCUGAUUGGUUCGUUUAGUAAUCAGCCUUCCAUGAUGACCAUUAAUAACCUCGAUGGAUCUCAGAUAAUACUGAAGGGUAAUGGUCAGCAGACGCCUGCAAACAUGAGCAGUAGCCUCUUGGUUCAUAGACAAACUCCAAAUGGUAACUCACUGUUUGGGAACUCAAAUACAAGUCCUGUAGCACAACCUGUAACAGUUCCGUUUAACAGCACAAAUUUUCAGACAUCUGUACCUGUCCAUAAUAUCAUAAUUCAAAGGGGUUUAGCGCCAAACUCUAACAAAGUACCCAUUAAUAUCCAACCAAAGCCUGUCCAGAUGGGUCAGCAGUCUGCUUACAAUGUGAACAACUUGGGAAUACAGCAACAUCACGUGCAGCAAGGGAUUCCGUUUGCUUCUGCAAGCUCACCUCAGAGUUCAGUAGUUGGUCCUCAUAUGUCUGUUAACAUCGUUAAUCAACAAAAUACAAGAAAAUCAGUUACACCUCAGACAGUUAGUAAUGCUGGAGGUAGUAUUGUUAUCCAUUCUCCUAUGGGACAGCCUCACGCACCUCAAAAUCAGUUUCUCAUACCUACAAGUUUGUCUGUUAAUUCAAACUCAGUUCAUCAUGUCCAGGCCAUAAAUGGACAGCUUCUUCAGACGCAGCCUUCCCAGUUGGUUCCUAGCCAAGUGUCUGCCGAGCAUGUAAUGCUCAACAGGAACUCUACAAACAUGCUGAGAGCCAACCAGUCGUAUUCUGGACAGAUGCUGAAUAAUCAGAACACAGCUGUUCAACUUGUUUCUGGCCAGACCUUCACAGCUCCUGGAAACCAAGUUAUAGUAAAUCAUGGAACUUCACAAAUUGUUGGUGGACAGGUGCCACUGCAGCAAGCAUCACCGACAGUGUUGCAUUUGUCACCCAGUCAAGUUAAUGCUUCUCAAGGUAGAUCGAGUUUUACGACAAUGUCACCUGGGCAGUCUACAGUCUCAAAUAUGUCAGCUUCUAAUCGAUUUGCUGUUGUAAGUUCUUCUGGUUCGGUACAUCCUAGCUUGGGACCUUCAGUUCAGUCUGCUGCAUCUGGAGGAAACUUUACUGGAGAUCAGCUCGUACAGAGUAGGACUCAAGUUCCUGUCAGUUCAUCACAUCGUCUUCCAGCAUCCUCUUCCAAAUCCAUCAGCACCUUUAGUCACACGUCAGUUGGAGUAACACAGCAACAGUUCACCUUCAGUCAGAAGAAAGGUAUGAACCAGACAUCACCAGUUUCUGCGUCAAAGGCUCAAGAUAAUUUGAGACAACAUCAGCUGUCAAGUCUUCUGAGCAACACCCUAUCAGGGCAGGACUCUGGAGGAAAAAUCAUACAGCAAUCUCUUGGAACAUCACAAGAAAAAGGAGUAGGAUCAUCUUCAGUUCAGUGUAUACAGGUGGAUGGUCAUUUAGUUGGACAGAAACGACCUGCUGCUAAACAGUUAACUAAAGGAGCUUUUAUGCUACAGCAGUUACAGAAGGAUCAGAUGCAAGCUGUGACACCAGAUAAAAGUCAGUUCAGAUCAUUAAAUGAUGCGUUUCAGAGACUCCUUUCAUAUCAUGUGUGUCAGGGGUCGCUGCCGACUGAGGAAGACUUAAAAAAAGUGGACAGUGAAUUUGAAUCUGUAGCUACACAGCUAUUGAAGAGGACACAAGCUAUGCUGAACAAAUACAGAUGUUUGCUUAUAGAAGAUGCAAUGCGGAUAAAUCCAUCUGCAGAAAUGGUUAUGAUUGAUAGGAUGUUUAACCAGGAAGAAAGAGCAUCUCUGACCCGGGAGAAGCGCCUUGCACUAGUGGAUCCUGAUGGUUAUCAGGCUGAUUUUUGUUGUUCUGCCAAACAAUUUGAGAAAACAGCUGAUGAAGCACAGACCAGCAAAAGUGACCAUCAGUCCAGCAAAGCAUUACCUUCUCGAAGUCAGACUACCAAAACCCAAACCAGAGACCGACCAAAAUUCAGCUCAGCAGAGUCCACAAAUCACAGUAAACUUCCUCUAGUGCCUAACAACGUUUUGACAUCACAAGAAGGAACUACUAAAAAAUCGGAAAGCCUCAUUAAAGCUUUAAAGUUUGAGAAAGCUAAUUGUUCUUCUGGGAGCCAAUACAAGGCCCUUCCUGAAGAAAAGAUGGCUGGUAAAGUUCUUACCAAGUCAGCUGAGAAUUCUUUGAGUUCUGAAGACUUGUCAAAAACUGUAUCAAGAGGCAGUCAUGGAACACACAAUAAAAUACCAAGGAAUACAGUCCAAUCUUUCUCAAAGGUAACAUGUAAUAAUUCCUUCAAAGACAAAACUCUGAGGAGCCCUCCAAAGAAUGAGGUUUUACAUCCUGAUAACAUGAAAGGCUCCAGUGAACCCCAGCAAGACUUACUGCUGAGUAAGAGUUUAGAAACGACAUUUAAGAAUAUCUUGGAACUUAAAAAAACUGGGAGACCGACACAAAAUGAGGCAUCGAGUAGUGGCUCUGUUGACUUAGAAUUUCCUACUUUUUCACCUCUUGCUUCACAGGAAAACUGCUUGGAAAAAUUUAUUCCAGACCACAGUGAAGGUGUAGAAACUGACUCUAUUUUAGAAGCAGCUGUAAAUAGUAUCUUAGAGUGUUAAUAGUUACAAUACCCUGGAAAAGUUAUGUUUCUCUUAGCAGAAGCAAAUGUGAAUGACACCACAAGUACAGCCUGACAUACAUUUAAGGUUAACCUUUCUAAACUAGAUUCUGUUCUGUGUUUGAGAGCAAUACUCAUUGUGGUUACAGUGAGAUAGCCAAGUAAAGUUAAUCCUUGUUAGAAUGCAGUCUGUUAGGGCCUUACUAUUUCAAGUAUUAUUAUGAUAGUGCUUUUGAUAAUUGUGCAGUCCUGCAGCAUAACAAGGUUGCAGGCCGUUAGGCCCUAUGUAAUAUGGUAAUAUACUGACAAUCACAGUCAUUUGAAAGGAUAUAUUUAUUAAGAAAACGUUUUUUAAAAAGCGAUGGAAGCAACAAUUCUCCCCUACCCUUUUCCCCAAAUCCACAAAAGAUUUUUAAGUUGUUCUGGAAAACCCACUGUACCUCUAUUCAGAAGUGAUGAUUUGCUUUGUAAUGGAAUCUGUGUUCUAGGAGUCUUAAGUUGGAAGGAUGUCAUCACUGUGUUAACAAGGUUUCAUAAGUUGAACUUAAAGUGCUUUUCUAUUGCUUUUUGAGCAGAAACUAGUCCUUGAUAUAUUUGUAGUGGGUAAGUUUAGUCUGUGAGAUGAUAUUAUAUGGUCUUAGUCACAGUGGCAUGAUAUGAAGUAAUAAAUGCUUGACUAAGGAAGGUAGAUUGGAAGCCAGUAAAUGGCUUCUUGUGUACAGGUCGAGGCCAUGAUAGAGCCAUGAAUUUAUAUAUAUAUUACAUAUAUAUUAACUCUUCUUCAAGAGCUAUUGCGUUUUAUAAUUGGAUGUAGUCAGCCUUGAGUCUUUCUGAAGUGGUAUAAUUUUUUUAUUUUUUUCUUUGAUUUUAAUUUUUUUUUUUAAUUUUUAGACCAAGUGUCAAAUGCACUUUUAUUUGAAAGCUGUUAAGAUAUUUGUAGCUUAUAUUUUAAGAGGACAUUAGCCUUACUCAGAAAAAAAAAUUAAGGCCAGUGUUUACUUUUGAUUUUUUUUUUUAAUUUUGCUAUCAGAGAAUGUUGAAGCAUCCACUGUAGCAGUCAUAAUUAUCAAGAUAUGUACAGACCAAAGUUGAUCAGCAGUCCCAUUGUUUAAACAUAUCUAAAAGUGUGUAAUUAUUAAUUCAUAUUGUAGAGCCAAGUGAAACUAUUGCACGGUUUGCAUUUGGCUUGCUGUCAUGUUGGUAAGAUAGAAUCUUAUUAUUUUAUUUAUUUAUUUUAAUCUAUGAUGUCUCUCUUUUUUUUUUUUUUUUUUUUUUUUUUGCUGCCCAUGCUGCUUUUUCAUAGUUUACCUUGGUCAUGAGUGCUUUUGUGCACAUAAAUACGCUGGCAUUAGUCUCGUGCAGGUAGUACAUAUGUCUGCUCAGGAGGAUACAGCUUUUGUGAUUUCUAAGAUAUGCUUAUGUUCUCCCCAGACUUCCCCUCCAGUUUCUUAGAAAUUACCAAUCAUUUUCCAGACUUAAUGAUUACAGUCUUCAUAACCUCGAGGCUCAUUGUGACAAACUGUGGUUGUCAGUUAGAUUGCCAGGAAGGAAGACAAAAGGUAGAGUUUUGUUGUCAUGCAGUUCAGUCCACCUGAAUAGAGUAGAGGAAAGCAGAAUUAUGUCCUUGUGACAGUGAAAGAUUACAGUGCAACACAGUAUUGAGCUACAAUCCACUGUCUGACCGCUAAAGGAAACCAAAUCUCGAAAGCAACAUGAGAAAGAUGAACUUGUUUAAAAUUCAUUUUCCCUUUGAAGUGGAUGGAAAUGCUGUUUUUUUUUUUUUUUUUAAUGUUACUAGUUGCCAUUUUAAAGAAUUGUGCCAAUUUUAAAGUACAUGUUUGUUAAACCCAACAUUCCCGAGUGUUGUAUAAAAUAUUCAAAGUAAUAAUGAGCAUUGCCAGUUUUAAAUUUUUAGCUAAGUGUCCAUAGAAUAGACUCUCAGGCAGUGAUUUGUUCUAUUACGGGUGAAACUGACAAUAUAGUCUUCACCUGUUGCCUUUUUAGAUUUAAUAAUACUCAUGGCUGUGUAUUCUGAAGUGUAUGUACUUGAUGAUUUUGGAAAUUUAACUGUUCUAAACGAUUUGAGAAGAAAGCCAGUAAGUUACACAGCUGUGUGCUAACUAGUUAAUUCUUUUGUAGAGGGGAAAAAAAGUUGCACAUUUGUUGAUACAUUUGCUUUUUGUGCCACCUCAAAAUGGGUACAGCGUCUGUACAGCAAAUACGCAAUCGAUGUAUAUCAGGCUGUGUGUCUUCUAUUGGAUCUUAUUUUGGGGUGGGGGGCAAUGACAUUAAAAAUGACAAAUUGCAAAAGGUAAUGAUUGUUGAUCUGGUCAGACACAUUUCCCUGAACUACUUAUGAGAGGAGCCCAUUGAACGAAUUCAAGGUAGAUGUUAGAUUGAUCAUGUUCUGUUGUUCACUCCUUUGAAUUCAGUUCUAAAGGAAUUCUGGUACGUUAUGAAGCAGGAAAUGAAAGAAUUGUACUUUUUUUUUUCUUAUUUAAGAAGUCUAGAUUAAUCAUAUGGACUUGAAUCCAGCAAAGUAUUGUGAAUGUGCAUGACUUUAAACAUGUUUUCAUUAUUUUGCUGGAUCAACAUUGUGUUCUCAAUGUUAUUUAAUACUGCCUAAUAUUAAAACAAAUUUUAAACUGGCAAUUAAGAAAAAGAUGUUCAUUUUGAAGAUUUUAGUAUAAUUUAUCUGUUAGAUUAGGGAGGCCUUACAGACUGACUUCACUUAAAGAGGAUGUGUCACUUAUUGUCAGUGUGGUAUGGACUUUAUUUGCUUAAAUACCUUCAUUUGUAAAGUAUGUCUCACUUGAAAUUGCUUUGUAUACAUUUUGUAAAAAUAUUUAUAAAAUGUUUUGUAAAAAAAAAAAAAAGUAUAACAAA